AUGAAUCAUAUGUUGAUGUUGCGUCAUCCUCAAAGCUCCAGCUCCACCACAUGCAGGCAGGGCAGCUUACUUUCCCGACUUCUCGGCUCUCCAAGCAUCGUACAUCUCCACAUCACAAUCAUGCUUCGCCGACCACUAUGGACAGCUCGAACAGUGUUACGCUCACCAUUGAAACCCAGUACAAAAAGAUAUUUCGCAGACAAAUCUACACCACCCUCCGCGACUCCCACCUCCCGCCUCAAUCGCAUUGAAUCCCGUCUCCCAAACUUUCUACGUCGCUACACAGUCCCCCUCAGGAACGCUCCAGUCUCCCACAUCACAGCUUUCAUAAUCUUGCAUGAAAUUACUGCUGUUGUCCCUUUAUUCGGGCUGACGGCAGCAUUUCACUAUACAAACUGGCUACCACCUUAUAUCAGCGAGGGAAAAUGGAUCAGCGAUUAUACGGAAAAGUUCGGGAGGUAUUUGAGGAGGAAAAAGUGGAUUAGUGACGAAAGUGGGAGUGGAAGAUGGUGGGGGAGAGGAGAGAAAGGAACGAGACUUGUGGUGGAGAUGGCUACUGCGUAUGCGAUUACAAAGGUGUUGUUGCCGGCUAGGUUGUUGUUGAGUGUUUGGGGGACGCCAUGGUUUGCAAGAUUGACGGUUCUCCCUGUUACGAAGAAGCUGGGGACGCUGUUUAUGAGGAAGAAGCCAGUAGCUGUGGGGAGCGGAAAUGCUGCUGGGACGGGAGCUGUCGGUGGGGGAGUUGUGCCAAGGGAUGGGAAGUGA